AUGUCCCUUUCAGCAUUCACAACAGUCCCAACAGAGAACUACACUAUCAUCUACUCUGCAACUUCAUCACAGUCACUCGAAGAUUCCUCCGAACGAACCGCCCCACUUAAUAAACAAUGGAAUGAUGAAAUCACUAUCUACCUCAUGUUGACGUACAAAAAGUGGCAGUUGUACGAUCGAAAGAAAAUUGCGUUGAACGUCUUCUUCAAGAAUACAACCCAAACUUUGAUCGAUGUCUUUCACCUCUACAAAUCACCAACACAAAUCAGAGACAAAGUCAACAACACCAAAAGCUCGUUCUCACUUGUAGUCAAGAAAAUGAAAACAGAUAAUGCUCACUGGGUGAAUGACAAAUGCGCGUCGAUCAGUAAAGACGUCUUUAACUUCAUGAGAGAAUACUUCUCGGAAGAUACGUUCUUCGACGUUGAUAUGAUCGAUCGACAAAUCGACGCAAUCAGGGAUAAAUACUCACGACAUUUUUCCCUCUCGAAUCAACUCAAAUCAGCAAUACUAAAAAUAAAGUCUCAUUAA